ACACCUUCCGAAUCUGUACCAGCACCUAUUAUACCCGCCAGAACUGCCAUAAAACCCCAUGAUGCGAGAAACAAACCUUUCCUGUCAUCUCCUGUCAUCUUCAAGACAGUCGACGUUUUAUUUCUGUAUCGAUAUCCUCAUCGAUAAACUGCUUUUACGUUAAUCGAUAGUCGAUAUCACUAUCCAUUGAGCAUCGAGUAUCGUACAAACAAUGAUUUCCCUCCUGAAUGCCUUGGCCUGGGCCCUCUUGGCCAUCCUAGUUCACGGUGACAGCGAGUACAACAAACUCUUCAUCAGAGGCCCGGCGUUCUCGCUCUAUCCUGACCCAACCUUUACCGUGGUUAGCCCCGAACUGGGCCGGUCUGGAGCGUGGAUGAGCAGCAACUACACCGCAGACGGAUCCGGCCGCUUUCCGAGUCUCGAAUGGAGAAGUCCCUCGCCCUACGUGAAAGAGUACCUGCUCGUUAGCGAGGACCCUGAUGCUCCGCUCUCGCGUCCCAUCGUCCACGGUCUGUACUAUGGAAUCCCGCGCGUGUUUACUGGAUUGGGGGAUGAGGAUUUCCAGUAUGGGACGGAGCCAUAUACGGCGUCUGGGGGUUUCAAGUAUGGUGUGUCUCGCGGGGGAGGAGUUUACCUGCCACCGAAACCCAUGCCUGGCCAUGGACCGCAUCGGUAUUUCUUCGAAGUCAUUGCGUUGAACGAGCGGAUCGAUACGGGGAAGUUGGAGGCACCUGUGACGCUGGGUGAGAUCUCGCAUGCGAUUGAGGGCAAGGUGAUUGGAUGGGGGACGUGGAUUGGGUUGGUGGAGCGGCAGUGAUUGUGUUGAGAAUUGAUAUGGGUCUCAUUGUUAAUCGCUUGGUUCUUCGUUUUUGCUGUCUCUGAUGUAUUGUUAUGAUACCUGGUCGAGAUCUAGGGAUCCAUGGGAUGCAUUUCAUGUGUGGUGACUUCA